AAUACUUAAACAAUUGUUCAUUUUUCGUUUCAAGCUUUAUAAAUGACUUACAAUUAGUUUUUCCUGCUGUUCUUCUUUAUAUAAGUCUUGUGUCAUAAAUGGCGCCAAAAUUUAAAUCGCUAGAGGGCGUCGAUCAUAUCGUCAAUAAGGACAACUAUAUUUUUCCUUUCUUGCAAAGUUAACCUUUUUUUAUAAUGAUAUUUUUCUAAAGAAUCAUUAGAAAAACUAUUAUAUUACAGUGUGAUCAGUAUUUGUUAAAAAUGAAAACCUCAAUGGUUUAACAUGAAUUAAAUUGUUUGCAUUUGUUUCAUUUUUCAUAUAUUUCGUUUUGAAGCAAUCGUAUUUUGUGUGUACUUUAACAUAUUCAUUGUCUUUAAAGCUAACAUUGAAGGAAUUGAAAGAGUUGAAUCAAUACAAAUCAAUAUUAGUUAUUAUCGUAUAUUGCAUAUGUUUUCUUUAUCUAUUCUCUCUCUGUUUUUCUUGUGAAAAUAAAACAUAUUAAUCAAAAUGGAUAAUAUAUGGGAAUCUAGGGAUAAAACUGUUAGAAAAGAAAUACUUAAAAAAGGCAUUUGUUUAAAGAAACCAACAGAACGUUGUGAAUGCCAAAUUGUCAUAGAAGAUAUAAAUGUCAGUGGAAUGAAUAUUACUGAUUUAAAAAAUCAACUUCAUACAGAAAUUCUCGAUGAUAUAGAAAAGACAAUAACGAUAGGAGAUGCAAACUCUGAAAUUGAUAGAAAAAUUGAAAGGGGAAUACAGUAUAUGAUGGUAGAAGAAAAAAGUUUGUUUACCAUAUGUAUAUCUGAUUUGUCUACAAAAGAAUCAAUUAUUGUUACCUUUACUUUAAUGCUGAAGUAUUUCAAAGCAUUUAAAGCAAUUUGGAAUUGGACUCCAGAAGAAAAAUAUGAGAUCGCUUUGAAAUAUAAAGAAAUUGGUGUAAAAUUAUUUAAACAAACAAGACACAUAGAUGCAUUUUAUAAAUUUAGCCAAGCUUGCAAAAUUUUAAUAACUCUAGAACCAAUAGCUGAUUUAGAAUUGGAUAAAUCAUUAGAAAAUAAUAUUAAUGCAUUGAGGAUAACUUUAUACAACAAUUUAGCUGGAUGUCAAAUACUUAACCACAAUUAUGAAUAUGUCAUUGAAUUAUGUAACAAAAUUUUAGAUAAAGAUAAAAAUAACGUUAAAGCGUUUUAUAGACGUGGCGUAGCUUACGGUAAAUUAACAAACAUUGAAAAUGCUGUAUCAGAUUUGAAAAAAGUUAUUACAUUAGAGCCUCAUAAUGCUGCUGCAAAGGAACAAUUUCUGAUUUAUAAUGAAAAACUACAAGAAGCAAAUCAAAAGUGUAAAGAUAUGGUCAAGAGAAUGUUUAGAACUUGAGCGUGCUGCGUCGGCUAUUAUUUCAAUGAUGGAAUUACAAUUGUUUACAAAUAAUAUACUAAAUAAAUAUAAUUAUUUUAUAAAUAGAAAAAUACGUAUUUAUUUUGCCCAUGACAAUUUUACACCAUAUUUGCAGACGCAUUUGUAUUAUUUAUAUUGCUUCGAACAAUUCUCUACCUACAUUUGUUACUCAAUAGUUCAAUUUUAUAUACAUGGAUACAGUUGAAAUUUAUUAUUUCAUGUUGUAUUAAUACAGUAUUGAUACAAAACGAUUUAAAUGAUCAAUAAAAUUGAAUGUUUAAUUUAAUAUAAUUUUAUAAUGUGGAUUCUUUCUAUUGUUUUGAAAAUAUUUUAUUGUUAGUAAGUAAUUAGAAAGCGUUUAAUAAGUGAAAAUUAUUUCAAAAACUCUAUUCAAACAUAAUAUGAAAAUGAUACAUACAAUAGACGCAAUUGAAGAACGUAUAAUAAAUGAAAUAAUUUAUUGUAAAUUGAAACAGUUCGAAUUAGUUAUUUUCUUAUACUGUAAAAAUGCUAUUGCAAAUAUAUUAAUUGUAAGCUUACAACGUUGACGAUGAUCAUAUAUCAAAUGGCAUAAACAGAAAUAACGUCAAAAUUAAUAUGCAAAUUCAACUUAAUCCAUAUGAUUUAUACAUUAAUAUUGGAUUUCUCCAUUAUGAAUGAUAAUAUUUUACAUUAAAAUUAUGUACAUAAGAAGAACUUUAAGCAAUGUUUUCUUUUCAAAUAAAUGUUAUUGCAAAUCAUCACCAUGUAUAUGGUACGGGCAACUUCAAUGGCACCUUUUACAAUGACCCACCAAAAAAAUAACUUUACUGUUUAAUCAUUAUCAAUCAAUAGUUAUGUUCAGUUGAAAUAUUUCAACUACUAUUACAAUAUAAUCUAAAUUUGAUAACAUUAAUCAACGCUAAAUAAUAGACAAUUCGUGUCUAUUCAUAUUUGCAUCUUUUUUUUUUUCCAGAUGAAAUAUUUACAGAGGAUUAUAUUAGGGUUGUUUUGGUUUUUUUCUUUUCU